AUGUAUUCCGUGAAUACUGCUGCGGCCCUUAUGGCCCUUUCCAUCUUUCAAGGCGUCCACGCUGCACUCGAGGUGACAAAAUCUUCCAAUGUUGCUAUUUAUUGGGGCCAGAACUCCUAUGGUGAUUCAUCUGGUGAUCUUGCCCAGCAAGAUCUUGCUUAUUACUGUGAAAGUUCGGAUAUCGAUGUGAUCCAACUUGCCUUUUUAGAUGUGAUUAACGGCGAGGGCGGUGCCCCCGAAAUCAACUUUGCCAAUUCAGGUGAUUCCUGCACUACAUUUGACGGUACAGCUCUUCUUGACUGUCCCACGAUCGCAGAGGAUAUAGUCACUUGCCAGUCCCUUGGAAAGACCAUUCUUCUCUCUAUUGGUGGUUCAACUUAUAGCGAGGGAGGAUUUACCAGCGAGGAUGCUGCUAUCGCUGGCGCUAAGAUGAUCUGGGAAACGUUCGGACCGGUUUCCACCAACACCUCGAUCAAUCGUCCCUUCGGCAAUUCCGUUGUCGAUGGAUUUGAUUUCGACUUUGAGUCUUCUGUCGAUAACAUGCCCUCUUUUGCCAACGAGCUGCGGUCCUUAUUCGCCGAAGACACCUCUAAGACAUACUACCUCACUGCCGCACCUCAAUGCGUGUACCCUGAUGCCGCCGAUAACCCGAUGCUUGAUGGCGCGGUAUAUUUUGAUGCUAUUUGGGUCCAGUUCUAUAACAACUAUUGCGGUGUCAACUACUUCACUGCAGAUUCUACCACGCAGGCUAAUUUCAACUUUGUCAGUUGGAAUACCUGGGCUACCACUAUUUCUCUCAAUCCCAAUGUGAAGGUCUUCCUUGGUAUCCCAGGUGGUAGUACCGCUGCUGGGACUGGAUACGAGUCGGCAUCGACUAUCGCUUCGAUCAUAGAUUUCAUUCUGGAGGAAGGGUACACAAGCUUUGGUGGUGUUAUGAUGUGGGAUGCCAGUCAAGUGUAUGCCAAUGAUGGGUUCCUCUCUAGCAUUGCAUCCGCUUUGGGAUCUUCCUCUACUAGUACCACUAAUAGCACUGGCAUUAGCACUACGCACACAAGCACCACUACCAAGGCUACCACCCUGUCCAUAGGGACGAAGACUAGUGCCUCCACCACGUUAAGCUCUGCCAGCACUACCAGCACUGCCAUUGAGACGUCUAGGCCUCCAGAGACGACCUUGGCUCCUACCACCACCGCACCCACUACACUAUCGACAGUGCAGAAGACUGGUACAGUAACGGUCAAAACCACCAAAACGGUCGUGUCUAUGAUAACGACAAAUGUCAAGCCAGUUGUCCCAACUACUUCGACUUCGACCAUUGCGACUAUCACCACUGCCGUGUCUGCCACAGCUACUGCUACUUCACUGACAGCGGAUGUGAGCUCCGAGAUCUGCCCAGUCCUUGGAGGAGCCUGUGCUACCUCUGGUACAUAUUCUUGUAACGGUAGCAGCUAUGGAAUUUGCGACAAUGGUGAAUGGGCUAUCCAGAAAUGUGCCUCGGGUCUUGUCUGUGUGCAGGAUGAGACUUUUAUCUACUGUGACUUCAAGGGAGACCACCCCGAUACCACUUGCAGCUAA